CCUCCUACGUGAUAACCGAUCAAACAGAGCUACGGAAAAUCAAGUGCAUGGAGAAGACAGGGAUCAGCGUAACCAGAGAGCUGAUGUGGUGGUGGGGAGUCAGGCUGGCCACGGUGCAGCAGCUCCUGGACCUGCUGCAAGGACUGCAGCUCUACCGAGCGGCUCAGGUCAUUCUGGACUGGACAUCAGCCUCUAAUGUUACCCACUCUGAAAAAGAAGAGCUGGUAGAGCCACCUAAACAGGAGAACAUACCUGUAACUCCCACAGAACACAAAAACAAAGAGAGGGAGACUGAGAUUAGUCUGCUGCCAGCACCAGACUCUUCACAUCUGGGAAUCCCGCCAGCAGGGAGUGCUGUUUCUGAAGGAGCCUUGUAUUCACUUCCUUCUCCGCCACCUCCCCCAAGAGACCUUCUGAAAUCCCUGCAGUCAAAUCCUCCUGUCUCAUCAAGUGUGAAGCCUUGCAGCUCUUCUACUCCUCAGCAGGAGACAAUGACUGAUCUCCCCAGCGGGAGCCUUUUGUGGACCCAGAGGGAAGUUACUAAUGCCACCGAUGGUUUCAGUGACAAGAGUAGAAUUUGUGAGGGUACUUUUGCAGACGUCUACAAAGGUCAGAGGAACAACGUGGUGUACGUCAUCAAACGACUGAAAGAGACAGAAUGCACAAGCCCGAAUUCCACCCAGAGGUUCUUUCACACAGAAGUACAGGUUUGCUUUCGGUGUUGUCAUGUCAACAUUUUGCAGCUGUUGGGUUUCUCAGUAGAGACCGGAUUGCACUGUCUCAUAUAUCCGUACCUGCCGAACGGGUCACUACAGAACAAACUCCAGCGUCAAGAUGAUUCUGCUCCACUGACCUGGGAGGUGCGAAUUAGCAUUUCUAUAGGACUUGUCCGAGCUGUACAGUAUUUACAUAAUUUUGGAAUUCUUCAUGGGAAUAUCAAAAGCUCAAAUGUCUUGCUGGAUGAAAACUUUACACCAAAGCUUGGACAUUCAGGUCUGCGAUUGUACUCUGCUGAUAAAAAAUCAGAAUAUGCUACGAUGAAAACCAAAGUCCUGCAAGCUUCUCUUACUUAUCUGCCAGAAGAUUUUAUAAGACAUGGGCAGUUAUCAGAAAAAGUUGAUAUCUUCAGCUGUGGUGUGGUCUUAGCAGAAAUACUGACAGGGAUUAAGGCACUGGAUGAAGGAAGACACCCUAUGUAUUUGAAGGAUAUGAUUGCUGAUGAAAUUCAAACAGCGAAAGAAAGCUCACGCUCCAAAGUGACAAAUUUUGAAAAGCUAGCUGCCAAGGCAAUAUGCUGUAAAUACCUAGACGGGAAAGCAGGACACCUGCUGGAAGAGGUUGCUCUUGAUUUUGCCUCAGCCAUCUGCCUUUGUCUGAGAAAGAAGAAUUCUAACAUAGCAGAGGUGCUUGAACUGAUGGAAACGGCUGAAAACAAAUUACGAGAGCAUUACAUCUCUGGAGGCAGCAUUUCUGGGUUCUCCACAAACACUCCAGAAGAAACCGAUGAUGAGAUAACCAGCCUCAGCCUGGAGGUGCCUUCUGCAGGGGAGAGCAAAGAGGACAGCGCACAGCUCGCCAUCCUCAGCACUGCCAGCGCCUGCGCAGCUUCAGCAGGGCUUGGGUCCCCCGACAUGUACUGCGCCCAAGGGUCAAGGGUGCCUUGUGAGUCAGAUGAAUCCAGCAGUUUUACAUGGAAUGCUACUGACGAGCCAUAUAGCAACAGCGGUGCCAACUUAGAAAACGUAGCAGCCUCUGAGUACAGGAUCAAGCAGGAAAAACCUGCAAACGGACUCCAGGAGAGAAAUGCGGCAUGCGCCAGGAGUGACAGCGUCUCGGCCGCAGCGUCUGCGGCCCAGGGCACCUUUCAACCCCCCGAUGCAGACCUCGGCUCUCUGCGUUCCUCGCAAG